UUUGUUAAAAUGUCCGAACCAUUUCCCUUUCUCUUUUUAACUCUCUGUCUUUGAAUCUGGCGCAUAGUUAUGGUAGCUCAUGACACCCACUUUUGAAACACAAAACACUGUAGAUGCCAAAUGCCAUUUUAUUUUAUUCAUGUAGUUUGUUUGGUUCUGCUUUGGAUAUGCACACUAACUAUUUGUUAAAAUGUCGAACCAUCUUCCUUUCUCUCUCAUUCUCUAUCUGUCUUUGAAUCUGGCACAUAGUUAUGCUGGCUCAUAUUGACCACAAUUCAAAAGCAUUUAGCAGAGAAAGAGCUCAAAGUCCCACGUUUAUAAAAGACCUCUCGGUUCAUAACCGGGGAAAGUAUUCCCUUUCGUCCAUAUUUGCACAAACUAAUCCUUGAUCUUGGCCGGCAAAAAUUGAGUCACUCGGUAGCCAAUUUUCUCAAGCCACAUGUUUCAAAUGUGGGUGAAGCGUUGCGGUCUGUUCUCACUGACCAUGCUAUCACAUACGACACAUACAGUGUAUGCCAUCUUCUCAAACUCUGUUUAUCUUAAGAGGACUCUCUAUAUCUCAAGUCCAAAAAUUCAUUCCUAGAAAAUGGAAACAAGGUAUAAAACAAUGUGAUAAGCCAUCCAUGACAUGCGCAUCCAAUGAUUCUGUCCUCGAAACAGACACAAGCAGUGAUGAAUCUAUGAUUAAUUCCCUUUUUACAUGUAUCAUGGACUUUGCAAACCAAGGUCAUUUGUCAAAAGCAUUCAAAACCUUCUCUCUCAUCCAACUACAUGCCUCUUCUUUGGCGUCUUAUGACCUUAUCUUACAUCCAAUUUCUUCUCUUCUUCAGUGUUGCACCAACCUUAAAUCAUUCCCACAAGGUAAACAGCUUCAUGCCCAGAUUAUCUCCUUGGGUCUUGAACAACACCCAGUUUUGGUGCCCAAACUUGUCACUUUUUACUCAAGCUUUAACCUCCUAGUUGAGGCCUCAAUUAUUACUCAGAAUUCUGGAAUUUUGCACCCUUUGCCUUGGAAUCUGCUUAUCUCUUCUUAUGUUAGAAAUGAACUUUUUGGGGAGGCUCUCUCUGCCUUUAAACAGAUGGUGGACAAGGGGAUCAGACCGGAUAAUUUUACUUAUCCAUCUGUUCUCAAGGCUUGUGGUGAAAAAUUGGAUUUGGGUUUUGGAAGGGAGGUUCAUAACAUUAUUAAUUCUAACUCUGUUGAGUGGAACUUAUUUGUACACAACGCCUUGGUCUCCAUGUAUGGAAGGUUUGGGGAAAUUGAUGUUGCUCAUAGCUUGUUUGACAAAAUGCCAGAAAAGGAUGAAGUCUCGUGGAACACUAUGAUCUCUGCUUAUGCCACUAGGGGAAUGUGGGGGAAAGUAUUUGAGCUUUUUGAAAAUAUGAGAAUGACGGGCAUUGAAGUUAAUAUCAUAAUUUGGAAUACAAUAGCCAGUGGUUGCUUGCGGACGGGCAAUUUUAAGGGAGCGCUUGACUUGCUUUCUCAGAUGAGAGCUUUUGGCAUUCAUUUGGAUUCUGUGGCUAUAAUUAUUGGUUUGGGUGCAUGUUCCCAUAUCGGGGUCAUUAAAUUGGGAAAAGAAAUGCAUGGUUCUGCAAUUCGUAGCUGUAGUGAUGGGUUUGAUAAUGUAAAGAAUGCAUUAAUUACUAUGUAUUCUAGAUGCAAAGACCUUAGGCAUGCCUAUAUUCUGUUUAGAUUGAUAGAAAAUAAGAGUUUAAUUACUUGGAACUCGAUGCUUUCUGGCUAUAGCCACAUGGAUCAAUCCGAGGAAGCAUCGUUCCUUUUCAGAGAGAUGUUGCUUUCCAGAAUUGAACCAAACUAUGUGACAAUUGCAAGCAUUCUUCCCCUAUGUGCUCGAGUGGCAAAUCUGCAACAUGGGAAGGAGUUCCACUGCUACAUUACCAAGCGUGAAGGGUUUAAGGGCUAUUUGUUAUUGUGGAAUGCUCUUGUAGACAUGUAUGCAAGAUCUGGCAAAGUUAUAGAAGCUAAAAGAGUGUUCGAUGCAUUGAGUGAAAGGGAUGAGGUGACUUAUACUUCGUUGAUUGCUGGAUAUGGAAUGCAGGGAGAGGGACAAGCUGCACUAAAAGUAUUUGAAGAGAUGAAAGGUUCGGGGACCAAACCAGACCAUAUAACCAUGGUUGCAAUUCUAUCAGCUUGUAGUCAUUCCGGUCUUGUAGUACAAGGCCAAAGGAUUUUUGAAAAGAUGCCAACUGUAUACGGUAUAAGCCCUCGUUUGGAGCAUUAUGCAUGCAUGGUUGACCUCUUUGGCAGGGCUGGUUUGUUGAACAAAGCAAAAGAGAUUAUUACCACAAUGCCUUACAGGCCAACCCCCGCCAUGUGGGCUACUCUAUUAGGUGCCUGUCGGAUACAUGGAAAUACUGAUAUAGGGGAGUGGGCAGCUCAGAAACUGUUAGAAAUGAGGCCUAAGAACUCAGGUUACUAUGUCUUGAUUGCUAAUAUGUAUGCUGCUUCUGGUUGUUGGAACAACCUAGCAAAGGUUAGGACUUCCAUGAGGGACUUGGGUGUGAAGAAGGCCCCAGCCCGUGCUUGGGUCGAUGUGGGCAUGGGGUUUUCUCCCUUUGGGGUGGGGGACACAUCAAACCCCUAUGCACAAGAGAUUUACACUUUGUUGGAUGGAUUGACCGAGCUAAUGAAAGAUGCUGGUUAUGUUGCUAGUGAGGAUUUUGGUUCAGAAGACGAAAUCAUUGAGUAAGAUCAACAAUGGAAUCUGUACUAAACAAAGCACUGCUAACAUAUCAACAAUGAGAUUUAUUACUUUUUCUGUUCAAAUUUUGAAGCAGAUUUGAGUUCAUUAGUUCAGAAGGCAGAAGUUUGUACUUUUAUAUCAUUCUUGCUUGUAAUGCCUUGUUUAUUUGUCUCUUUACCUUCAUGAGUGAGGAAUACUGAUACUACAGUCAUAAUACAAUAAAAUUGAAUAUGAAAAAUUCACAUUUCAAUUCU